GGCUACGGGGACAAUGAUCGAGAUAAAAACAUUUUGCCUUGGCGCAAAAUUAGGAAAAAAAAAAAGUAGCAUGAGGUACCAGACGAACUCCGGCGAAAAGCUCUGGGAUGCCAAGCAUGAGAGUCUGAGCGUUGAAAUUAAGCGAGUUAAGAAAGAAAACGACAACAUGCAUAUUGAACUAAGGCAUCUUAAGGAUGAGGAUCUCAACUCCCUUAACCCAAAGGAAUUGAUUCCUAUUGAGGAGGCACUCCAGAUUGGGCUCACCAGCGCAAGGGAAAAGCAAAUGGAAAUCUGGAAGAUGCACAAGAAGAAUGAAAAAUUUCUAGAGGAGGAGAACAAACAACUGACUUAUAUGCUGAUAAUCUUCUUGUCAGUUGAUGUUUCAUAG